GCGCGGCGUCAUGGAGUCGCUGUGGCGGCUGAAGCGGUUCGACGCUUUUCCGAAGACUCUAGAAGAUUUUCGGGUUAAGACGUGCGGGGGAGCGCUGGUGACGGCAGUUAGCGGGCUCAUCAUGGUGCUGCUUUUCUUCUCGGAGCUGCAGUACUACCUCACCAAGGAGGUUCAUCCAGAAUUAUACGUUGAUAAAUCAAGGGGAGAUAAACUGAAGAUCAAUCUAGAUGUUAUUUUUCCACAUAUGCCUUGUGCUUAUUUGAGCAUUGAUGCAAUGGAUGUAGCAGGAGAGCAGCAGCUGGAUGUAGAGCACAAUCUGUUUAAACAACGCUUGGAUAAAGCUGGGAAUCGUGUAACUCCAGAGGCUGAGAGACAUGAGCUGGGAAAAGAAGAAGAAAAAGUGUUUGAUCCAAAUUCUUUGGAUGCUGAUCGCUGCGAGAGCUGUUAUGGGGCAGAGUCAGAGGACAUUCGGUGUUGUAAUACCUGUGACGAUGUCAGAGAAGCAUACAGGCGGCGAGGCUGGGCCUUCAAGAACCCAGAUAGCAUAGAGCAGUGCAAGAGGGAAGGGUUUAGCCAGAAAAUGCAAGAGCAGAAGAAUGAGGGCUGCCAAGUGUAUGGUUUCCUAGAGGUCAACAAGGUAGCUGGAAAUUUUCACUUUGCACCAGGAAAAAGUUUUCAACAGUCUCAUGUACAUGUUCAUGAUCUGCAGAGCUUUGGACUUGAUAAUAUCAAUAUGACGCACUAUAUCAAACAUCUCUCAUUUGGAAGGGAUUAUCCAGGCAUUGUGAACCCUCUGGAUGGGACAGCCAUCACUGCACAGCAAGCUUCUAUGAUGUUUCAAUAUUUUGUCAAAGUGGUCCCCACUGUGUAUAGGAAAGUAGAUGGUGAAGUGGUAAGAACUAACCAGUUCUCAGUUACACGACAUGAGAAAAUAGCAAAUGGGCUACUGGGAGACCAGGGUCUGCCUGGUGUCUUUGUGCUGUAUGAGCUUUCACCCAUGAUGGUGAAGCUGACAGAGAAGCACAGGUCCUUUACUCACUUUCUCACUGGAGUUUGUGCCAUUGUUGGAGGCAUAUUUACAGUUGCCGGUUUCAUUGACUCCUUGAUCUAUCACUCAGCACGUGCCAUCCAGAAGAAAAUUGAACUUGGGAAGACAACAUAAAUAAGCAAUGGCAUCAACCCAUUUAAAAACAAACAAACCAAAACCAAACAAACAGACAAACAAAAACAAACAAGAAAAAGUAACCCCCUCCAGCCUCCAAGGAGAACUGAACAGGCUCUUUGAAGCACAAGUGGUCUUCUGAGAGUGCACAGGAGAAGAGGUUUGGAACUUCCACAUGGCCCCAACCACUCAUAUGCCCUGAUUCUUUGGCCUUAGUUUGUGGAUGGAACAACUUGAGCCUUGCUGCUAUAUAAAGAUUAGCUAUCAUAUCUGGCUCUGCAGGCCCUACUGUCACACUCUUUUGUGUCAGUCCAUGUUCCUCCAGUUCUGUUCCCAUUCCCAACAGAGAUGCUGGAGAUACUGCAUUCAGUUUGCCUCUAGGAAUAAUGUAGUUUAUUGUCAAGAGACCUGUAAUGGAUUGAAGUUGCCAUCAAAUAAGCUUUCUAGCAACACCAUCAGGGAUUUUUAAUUUUUCCAUAAAAUGUUUCUGGGUGUGCUGAUGCUGUAUGUCAGACCUUUGUAAAAAUGUGCUGAAUCCCAUCUAUUGCCUUCCAGCCCUCCUGGAAUGCAUGGGGCGCCUAAGCAUUUGGGAUGUACUUUCUCUGCUGGGGGAGCUCCCAAUUGUUCAUCUUCUGAAAGUUGCGAGUUGAUGUUUCAGAAAAAAAAGGUGUCCAGAAUUUUAAUUGAUUUUUAAUUGGAUUUUUUUUUUAUUUCCCCUUGGUAUAUAUUUUCAAAUAAAGUCCAUCCUCUCUUGUUCUAGUAAGGCAUAUGGAAGAAUAAUUAAAUUAUUUUAACUAGUCCUGAUACUAAAUUGGAAAUAAGAAUUAAAAGACACAUUGCAUUGUGGCAAAGUAUGUAGAGAUUGUGAUGAUGAUGGGGCUUUUUUAUUUUAAAUGAUUACACAAAUGAGUAAAGUGCUUGGUAUCUGAAACUAUAUUGGGAGAAAUUUGAAAAUAAUGAGGAAAAAAAAUUUGUGAAUUCUUGCCUAUUGGAUGUAAAACAGACCGAUUACUCUUAAAUCUCAAAUCUGGAUUUGCUUUGGUAUGACUCUAAUAUUGGUCCAAGCAGUUGGACAGGCGCAGGAUCAGAUACUGCAGAGAGAAAGCUGUUUUACAAUUUAUUUUGAAGCAGGUUUUGCUAGAUGGUUGGGGUUUUUAAUUAGUUGAACUUACCUAUAAACCAGAGAGUCUAAAAACUGUUUUUUCAGCUGAGGAGGGAAGUAAUUUGUGGUGUGGGUAAGGAAAAUUAUAAUCUUCAAGCAAGAAUGUUGAAAAGCAGGUUUGUUUUAAAUGUAUUUUUUACAAAGCUAUUUAAUGAAUCCAGUGGGUCAGGAUCACAUAGUACUACUACAGGAUGAGGAAU